CACAUCACAUCACACGCUCAUCAGCAACCGAGGCCGCACGCAGACCUCGCGCCUCCAAGCCUAAUGCUUGAAAUUCGCAUCUUAUCCAGAAAUACAAUGGCGUUGGCCUGCCCUUCUGGGGAAAAACUUCGCCGCCAUAGGACCCAUCAUCCAUUCGGUGACCAGCGCUUGGCCCGACCAGACCUCCCCGCGGUGUCAGCACGAACGACACACAUGACACGGCAAGCAGUUCACGGGUGACACGACACAUGACACUGACACUGACGAUCAUGUCAUUCAAGAUGACACGUCACAGGAGACGCCAACUGACGUCAUGUGACGACAGGACACGGACGGAGCCCGACCGUGAGGGAUGCUCUGUGAUGUGUGCGACUCUAACGGAAAGAGAUUUGUCCACCGUUGUCUGUGGAAAGGGUGGUUACCCGCUUCGGUUCCGACCGUUCAGGAUACUGUACUUCAAGCAUGCGAGCGGCUGGUCAGGAAGGUGAGGAAAUUUAUUCCUGAUUUCGGAUUCCCGAGGCGGAACCUUUUUUCUUCCGGGGCGUUUUCUCUCCCGCCGGGUGGCGUCAAUUCUGCCCGGAUUCUUGGCGACCCUUCCGCCGAGUGUGGCUAAGUGUCAGUAGCUGGUGAAUUCUUAUAAUCCGAUAGCUCAGAAGCGACUUUCCCUGACUGGCAACUGUUUAGAGGCAAUCAACCCCGCACUUAGCCUCCUGUCUUCUCAGUCUGCUACACCUCCUGUGGCACUUCACCCUGCCAGCAGGUGCCCUUCUCUCACCUUCCGAAUCUCGGGUCACCCUGCGAACUCAAAGCAAGCUCGCUCCAGAAAUCUUUCUCAACUCUUUUCAUCCCGCCUGAGAGUCCCAGCUACGCUUGCUGUGCAGCUCACCUUUCGAGAAUUCUCAAGUAAACAGCUCUCUCCACCACGUAGAUUCCCCCUGGUGACGCUCAUGGCUGCCGUGGUAGCUGUGCAGCUCCGAGCACGUCAUGGCACGUUGGUUUACCAUGAUGGGUCGCCUGGCGUUCUUGGUAACUCCGGUGGUGGUGGUAUUGCCAAUACCAGUUCUGCUCGCACGAUUAGUUCUAGACGUAUUACCUAUGCCCAUACAUCUGUCAAUCUCGGACGGAUGGGAAUUCCGGCAACCAGCUCCUGGCAGGUGCAUGUUACAAGGCGCCGUUUUAGAACACCGUGGCGGAUGCAGAGUAGUGCUAUGGGGAUAAGGGUUUUGCAGAGUGGUUCUAAUGCUUCUGAUAGUAGCAGGGAGGACGAACCCUGGCCUGUGCAUGUAUUGAGGCGUGUUAUAACGCACCUUAAGCUGCAGCAGAGCAGCGGCAGCACAGAGGAUGGACUCUCGAGAGCAGAGGAGGAUGGGGUCUCCUGGACAGCUAUUGAAUCGACUCAAGAGUCAUCUCGUUAUAGUGCAACGCUGGAGAGUAAAAGUAGCAGGAGAAGCAGUAGUAGCAGGAGUGGAAGGGGGGGUGAAUUCUCGUGGACUGCUAGACGGACGCAUAGGCGGAGAGGGGGAGGGGGAGGGGGAGGGGGAGGGGGAUGGGGAGGGGGUGGGGGAAGAGGAGACUGGAUUGUAGGGCUUGAGGACAACCAGAGGGAUUGGGCACAGAGGGAUGGUGACUAUAUGAAAAGGAUUGAUGGUGACUAUAUGGAGAGGAUUGGAGGUGGGGAGGGUAUAAGGCAGCAGAUGCCGCUCAGGAGAGGUUCUGAGAUAAGGAGAAGAGGGGGCUCGCCACCUUCGGUAUUGUCACACUCGUUGAAGUCUCCACUCGAGAAGGCUAUGGAUUCUGCAUCUGUGUGGGUUGCUGACGUGUCAGCGUCAGUGGCUGAGUCAGUUCCACCCGCAGUGGAUAAGGCCAGGCGUGUGCUCUCCACGCAGGUAGCAGCCCUCCCUGCUCGCCUGUACCAGAUCCUACCUCCCCUCUCCUCCCCUCACUCGCACCGCCUAGCCGUCCUCCUCUCCUCCUCGUUCCUCCUCCUCUUGCUACUCCUCCGCCAUACCGCCACACGCAGCUUCCUUGCUGCAGCUUGCGCUGCGGUGCAAGGUUUCUUUGCACCAGUAGUGCGCGCCGUGAGUCCCGCAGAGGGCUUGCAGCAGCAGGAGGAAAAGGCUGAGCAGAAGGCACAGCAGCAGCAACAGCAGCAGCAGCAGCAGAACCAGCAGCAGCAGCAGAACCAGCAGAGCCAGCAGCAGACUGGCAAGAGUAGGGUUGGCGAAAGUGGUGAUUCUGCUGCGGUCGUUAGUGGUGCUUCAGGGUUUGAUGGUGGUUAUGGUGGUGGUGGAGUGAACACGUCACGGAAUGAUGGGGCUGAGGACGUUCAUGAGACGAUGCUGGCUCUUGAAAUGAGCCAGGUGGAUGCAACAGACCGCUCAGGUGGAAAUUCAGGCGAAUCCUUAAAGGGUUCAUUUGCCAAACAGACGCGGAGGAGCCAAAUGGGUGCAGCAAAUCGCACAAGGAAAUCAGGGGAAGCAGGGGAGGCACAGAAGGCGAUUAGGGGAGCUGGCAGUCAGUAUGGCAACCACACAAAUCGGACAGUAGCAGGACUUGGGAAUGGAAGACUUCAAGGGAGAGACGAUGGAAAUAGCUCGGAUUACAGGCCGGAUCACAGGUCGAAUCAGAGGUCGGAUUACAGGCCGGAUCACAGGUCGGAUCAGAGGUCGGAUUACAGGUCGGAUCUCGUGCCUGAUUGGUGGCAGGAGGCCUGGGCCGAGCUGGCCUUGCAGGGGACACAGGGUUUGGCCACAGGUUCGGAAACAAGCUCGGGAAGUGGCCGAGGCGGACAGGCUGGUUUGGGAGGCCAUUCGAUAAAAGACACGCAAUUGGCUGUGAUGGGAGCAUUGGAGCAGUUCAACUCGCAGGGCCACAUCCCACCAGAGGCUCUUACCCAGAUCUGGGCGGCAUGGCGAGCAUCUGGUGACACGUGGCAAACUCAAAGGGACUCUGUGCGCAUGAUAGUGUUCAACGCUGCCGUCCAGCUGGCUCUGGAUGCAUGCAUGGGCACAGAUCCCCCACCCAGGCUUCCCGCCUCCGGCCCAUCAUUCCUUGUGGUCAUGGCGGCAGCCAUCAGCCUCCCGGCUCCAUCAGCUCUGGCUGGUUCUCUCAGAGGGGUGGCCAGUAGAGUGACAGCUGAGCUCGUUGCGUGCAAUGAGCUGAUAGAAGCGAGUAUGAGGGGCGAGGCGGAGGUCAAGCUACAGGGAAUCUCCAACCUCCUUUCCGAGUUUACUCCUGCUGCUGUCUCGCCUGAAAUGGCAACCUCGGCCAACCUUCUACGAGAGAUGCUGCCUCGACGAGAACGGGAGGAGCUGGCAUGGAUGUAUGAGAAGGCAACAGGCGCAAAGCAUGUGGCAAUCGUGAAAAGGGUCCUAGGAUUAUGAUGAGAGGAGCCUCUCAGGAUUGCCAUUUGCAGUUGCCUUCUGCACGAGAUGCUGCCUUGACGAGAGUGGGAGGAGCUGGCAUGGCUGUAUGAGAAGGCAGCUGGUUUCAGACAUGUAGGACUUGUGGAUGUACGAGAAAGCAGCUUGCGGGAAGCACCGUGCACUUGGGAGAAAAGCGCUAGGAGGAUGUGUGUGUGAUGUCUGGGUUAGAACUCGGAGCCGCCUUGUACUUGUACAAAGAAACGCCGCCUCAAUGGCAGCGGGAAGAGCAGAGACAUGCUUGUAUGAGAACGCCGCUGGUCCCUCCCUCCCAAGCAUGCAGCUCUCGUGAGGAAAGCUACAGCACAGUAUCAGCAGAGGAUGACAAUCGAAGCCCCUCUACGGGCUCAUUCAACAAGUGCGAAACAAUCGAGUUUUUCUUGCCGAAUGGCCCGCCAACGGGACUCAAGAUUACUCACAAUUUUGAAUUUGGCCACUGAAGCUCGAUCAGAACUAGCUGCUACAAGCAUGGCACUACGA